CGUCCACUGAAGCCUCGCAACCGCCUCGCAUUCUGCUGAACACAAAAUAAGAAAAGCUGCUGUCUGAGUGAGGCAGGAGUGCGAACGAGUUUAGAAAGAACAUCCCAGAUAGAAAGAGGAGAGAGACGAGACGCAUGAGGCUUACAUGGCUAUCAUGGAGAAAGGAAAUGUAAAUAUUAAAGAAGAGUGUGAAUGGGAGUAUGUCCAUCCUAAACAGGAGAGUCUGGGCAUUAAGGAUGAGGACUGUGAAGUGGGCUCAGUGGGCAUUAAAGAAGAGGCUGAAGAGAAGUCUGUCAGCCUUGAGACACACAAACACAAAAGUGUGGGGAGCAUCAAGGAAGAUGACCUUCAUUAUGGGUGUCAAGAUGGAACUGUGACUGGGUUGGGCUCUUCUCGAAGCAGGCGUUGUUUUACUCCGGAGCGGUCUAUCAAUGUGAAGUCUGAAUCAUUGCAGUCUGACACACAGAGGACUGGGGAAAUGUCAUCUGUUGGAACUCAGAAAGAUCAACCACCACCUACAAAGAAGUCUGGAGCAAGAGGCAGCCCUUACUGCUGCUCUGAGUGUGGCAAACAAUUCUGCGGCAAGAGAACUCUUCAGAAUCAUAAAAGAAUUCACACCGGAGAGAAACCAUAUUGCUGCUCUGAAUGUGGCAAACGAUUCCUCCUGAGGAGUACUCUUCACAACCAUAAAAGAAUUCACACUGGAGAGAAGCCGUAUUGUUGCUCUGAAUGUGGGAAACGAUUCCGUCAGAGGAGUACUCUUCAGAGCCACAUUAGAAGUCACACAGGGGAGAAGCCAUAUUGCUGUGGGGAAUGUGGUAAACAAUUCUGUCACAGCAGUCAUUAUUGGGCACAUGCUAGAAUUCACACUGGAGAGAAGCCAUAUUGUUGUAAUGAAUGUGGCAAACAAUUCUCUGACAGGAGUAGUCUUCAGAGACACAAAAAAAUUCACACUGGAGAGAAGCCGUUUUCCUGCUCUGAAUGUGACAAACGAUUCUGUUUCAAGACAAAUCUUCAGAUCCACAUUCGAACUCACACUGGAGAGAAGCCCUAUUGCUGUUUAGAAUGUGGCAAAGAGUUUUCACAAAGUAGCACCCUUCAGAGCCACAAAACCAUUCACACUGGAGGUAAGCCAUUUUGCUGUCCUGAUUGUGACAAACAAUUUGCGUGUAUCGCCAGUCUGAAGAGACACUCAACAGUUCAUACAGGAGAGAAGCCAUUUUGCUGUUCUGAUUGUGGCAAGCAGUUUUCAAGAAGUAGCGUUCUUCAGAGCCACCGAAGAAUUCACACAGGAGAAAAACCAUAUUGCUGUUUGGAAUGUGGCAAACAAUUUGCGCAUGUUAAUACUCUGAGAAGACACUCUACAGUUCACACUGGAGAGAAGCCAUACUUCUGUUUGGAAUGUGGGAAACAGUUUUCACGAAACAGCAUUCUUCAGAGCCACAGAAGGAUUCACACAGGUGAGAAGCCAUACAGCUGUAUGGAAUGUGGCAAAGAAUUUUCACAGUUGGGCAGCCUUAAGAGACACUCUACAAUUCACAAGAGAGAAAAACAGGAAGCCCCAAAAGACAACAAAGAAGAAGCUGCCAUUUCUUGUUACUCUCAGAUGGAAGUGACAGAGGAGACGUGCCUGAUGGAUAUGGCUGAAAUGGAGGAAAGGACUGUUAACAUUAAGGAGGAGAAGGAUAACUGUGAAUGGGAGUAUGUGCACCAUAAACAGGAGGGUGUGUACAUUAAAGAUGAGGAUUGUGAACAGGUUAUAGUGGGAUUUAAGGGAGAGACUGAGGAGAGUCCCAUCACCACUGGUCUACUGCAUGAUAAAGUAAUAGACCAGGUCAAGGAAGAAGACAUUCAGUCAGAGUCCAUCUGUCAGUCUGAGUGUCAAAAUGGAGGUGUAACAGGAUUAGCCUCCCCUCGGAGGAGAAGCUGUAAUGUUCGGAAGCACCCUGUCCGUGUGAAGUCUGCUAUAUAUUCAGAUGCAAAGGCCACUGAGGAAAUUUCGAGGAGAACACUGGAAGAUCAUUCGUCAUCUACAGAUCAAUCUGAAGAAGCUUUACAAGAAAAUGGCGGCUUUAUCUUACCCUCAUCGCCUCAGACAUCUCUUCAGCACAGAUCACAACAGAAAAAAAAUUAUGAAAAUAUGAAGAAACUGACAUCCGAAUCAGAGAGUGUGAUACCAGCCUCUUUGCAGGAUGAUUCUCUGACGCUGAUGAAACUAACAACCGCUCAACUUCAUAUGCACAGUAGAGACUCGGUCACUGUCCACCAGGAGCAAAUGAAAAAGCUGAAAAGCAAAUCUAAAUCCAGAGAUGGUAGUCUGAGUCAAACACAACAGAAGAUCUUUGAGUGCUCUGAAUGUGGUAAACAAUUCACACGAAUGGGCAAUCUCCAGGUCCAUGCCAGAGUUCACACUGGAGAGAAGCCAUAUUGUUGUUUUGAAUGUGGAAAAGGAUUCACCUGCAAGAGCAGCCUUAACAAACACAGAAGAAUUCACAUGGGAGAGAAGUCAUAUUGCUGUUCUGAAUGUGGUAAAGGUUUUACCUGCACUAGCAGCCUCAAGGAGCACAGAAGAACUCAUACGGGAGAGAAGCCAUAUUGCUGUUCUGAAUGUGGCAAGCGAUUCACACAAAUGAGUAAUCUUCAGGUCCAUAUGAGAAUUCACACUGGAGAGAAGCCAUAUUGUUGUUCUGAAUGUGGUAAACGAUUUUCACAAAAAAGUGCUCUUCAGGCCCACACAAGAAUUCACACUGGAGAAAAGCCAUAUUGUUGUUUUGAGUGUGGCAAGGGAUUCACCUGCAAGAACAGCCUUAGUAAACACAGAAUAAUUCACACAGGAGAGAAGCCAUAUUGUUGUUCUGAAUGUGGCAAACAGUUCACUAGCAGCCAUGGCCUUCUGUACCAUAAAAGACUUCACACUGGAGAGAGGCCAUAUUCUUGUUCAGAAUGUGGUAAAGGAUUUCCUUGUACUAGUAGACUUCAAGAGCACAGAAGAACUCAUACUGGUUAACUGUAAACAUAUGAUAAUGCAGAAACCUGAGACAUAACCACAGUGGCUUACUGCAAGGAGAACCUUCCUGCUUUCAAAAUUUGAACAAACUAAUAUUCCAAAAAAUGACUCCCCAUUAAAGGGCCCCUCCACCAUAUACUAGAUCUUCAUAGCAAUAGACCCUGAAAUAAUUCACACACACACCUGGACCAGAACUGCCUGAUGGAAAUAUCACACAAAGGAAACCAAAGAAAGUCAUAUGGGACUAGAGAACAGCUGCCACCCUAAAUAAAAUAAUCAUGGAAUGCUGUGAGAAAAGUGGAAAUCUUAGCAAGGUAUGGAUUGAUUGCAAAAAAACAUUUAACUGUCUGUCUUACUCUUGGAUCUAGAAAUGGCUAUACAAAAUCCACCUCAUUCUGAUACAUUUCAUCUCAACUACUGUGCCUCACUGGCAAAUAACCUUCCAACUUCACCAUGACAAAGAACAGGUCAGUAUCCCAAACAUAAAAUUUAAAGUGGAAUAUUUCAAGGAGAUUAACUAGCACCCAUACUUUUCUGUCUGGCAUUAAACCCACUACUCACCCUCCUAAAUAACCUUGGCUAUGGAUUUAAUGAACCAGAACCUCAGAUUGUCCCUCGCCUCCUAUUUAUUGAAGAUUUGAAACUGUACAGCUUCUGCAGCUGACAACUGGAGGAGCAACUACACUUAGUCAAAUUGUUGUCAAAAGAGAUUAGAAUGACACUUGGACAUGACAAGUAUCCCAAAGCAACUUUCAUUACUGGAAAUCUAACAUCCCCUGUAAAUAUCAACCUCGAUCAGGCAUGAGUGUUAAUAAAAAUUUGUACCCAGAUGAAACAUUCAAAUACUCUAGCAUGAAUAAAGGAGAGCGGUCAUAAACCACAAGACAUUAAGAGAGACAACCAUCAAGAAGAACAUAAAAGAUCCUUAGCGGCUUCCUCACCACAUGUAACAAAGUCCAAGCUAUCAAUCAAUUUGUAAUCCCCAUCCUAUCCUAUAGGGUUGAUAUAAUUAAUUAGUCACAGAAUAACCUUCAUAAAGCGGACACCACAAGAAAAAAUCUGCAUGCAUACCAACUCAUUUGCAAAAUUCAGUGUUUCAAGAGAUUAUGUCCAACUAUCAGAAGGAGUUAUGGGCCUAAUUGAAAUUGACUACAUUUACAGAUCGUCAAUAAAUUGGACUACAAAUUUCUUAAUUAACUUCAAGGUCCCAAAUGUCCAAAAAAAUAUUUAACUAUGAAGUAAGAAAACAUAAACCAACAUCCAUAAUCAAGCUAGCUAAUUUAUUCUGAGAAAAAAAUGAAGAAAUGAUAGGAACUUCCCCACCUUGUGCACAAAUGGACUGAAGGAAGAAUUCUAAAAUUAGACCAGUAACAAAGAAGAAAAAAUUGUGAAGACCACAAAUAUAGUUGUAAGCCUGCACGUAGACCCAGAACUUAAUCAUGUCUAGCUCACAAAGAGUGAAUUAUGACCACAAGAUGAACGCCUAAUCACAGCUGCACAUGACAGGGGCCUGUGCACAAAGUGGUUCAGGACAGCAAAAGAAAAAAAGGAAUAAGUGACGCUACUGCUAAACAGAACUAGAAACAGUCGCCCAUCUCAUUGUUGAGUGUGAGGUACUGAUAGCUGAAGGCUUACAGUGGCAUGUAAACAUUUGGAACCUUUGCUAAAAAUGUCUGUUACUGUGAAUAGUUAGAAGAUGAACUGAUCACCAGAAGGCAUACAGUUAAAGAUGACACAUUUCUUUAAUAUUUUAAGCAAGAUUACGUUUUUAUUUCCAUCAGUCACAGGUACAAAAUACCAAAAAAAAUUUUAAAGGGUCUGAAGGAAAAGCUUGGGCCCCCGACCAUGAUUAGUACUUAGUAAGACCCUGUUUGUCAAGUAUCAUAGCUUUUAAACAGUUUUUCAAAGUCAGUUUUUACUUAGGAUAUUUGUGCCUAUUAGUCUUUGCAAAAGUUUUCUUAUUCUGCUGGAUUCUAGGGGCCUUCUUGUAUGCAGUGCUCUGUCUUUUGAGUUUUCUCCACCGAUUUUCAAUAAUGGUUAGGUCAGGGGUCUGUGAGGGUCAUGGAAAAACCAUCAGCUUGUGCUUCUUGAGGUAUUCCAUUGUAGAUUUGCAGGUGUAGAUUUUGUCGAUUGGCAGCACGGUGGCGCAGUGGGUAGCGCUGCUGCCUCGCAGUUGGGUGAUCUGGGGACCUGGGUUCACUUCCCAGGUCCUCCCUGCGUGGAGUUUGCAUGUUCUCCCCGUGUCUGCGUGGGUUUCCUCCCACAGUGCAAAGACAUGCCGGUUAGGUGGAUUGGCGAUUCUAAAUUGGCACUAGUGUGUGCUUGGUGUGUGGGUGUGUUUGUGUGUGUCCUGCGGUGGGUUGGCACCCUCCCCAGGAUUGUUUCCUGCCUUGUGCCCUGUGUUGGCUGGGAUUGGCUCCAGCAGACCCCCGUGACCCUGUGUUUGGAUUCAGCGGGUUGGAAAAUGGAUGGAUGGAUGGAUUUUGUCGAUUUGUUUUGGAAUCAAUAGCUUGUUGUAGGACUCCUCUUUUUUUUAUGGAAAGACAUAACAAAGUGGCUAGACUCAUUUCCUGGAAUCUCUGCAAGAAAUAAAACUUACCAGCACUAGAAAGAAACUGGGACCACAAUCCAGACUGUCCAUCCAUCCAUUCAUUAUCCAACCUGCUAUAUCCUAACUACAGGGUCACGGGGGUCCACUGGAGCCAAUCCCAGCCAACACAGGGCGCAAGGCAGGUAACAAACCCCGGUCAAGGCGCCAGCCCCUAACGCAGGGCCAAUCCAGACCGUAUAAUGGUAAAUGAGGAGGUGUUAGUCACAUGGGGCACAUGAAUACCAACUGACAGAAAAAUAGACGCUAGAAAACCAGAUAUGGUUAUCAAGAUAAAAUGAGUCUAAGAAAGCCUGGAUAAUGGAAGUAUUAGUUCCUAGUGAUUACUUAGUUCUGAUAAAGGAGAGGCAAAAAAUAACUACCAUGAAAUGCAAUCCGAGAUAUGCCAAAUAUGGAACAUAAAAAACAGAAAUAGUCCACACUUUGCUAGACUCGACAUGCCUUAUAAAGAGAAGCUUUCAGGCCCAUAUUGACAUCCUGUCAAUUACCAUAACCCCAUAAGAAUUGCAAUAAAAAUUCUUAGUGUUAUAAGGAUCAUAAGCAUUAUUAGUAAGAAGUCAAGCAAAACGUCACCUUUUAUUGGCUAACUAAAAAGAUUACAAUAUGCAGAAGGGGCCUGAGUUGCCUCGAAAGCUUGCAUAUUGUAGUCUUUUUAGUUAGCCAAUAAAAGGGGUCAUUUUGCUUGACUUCUCAUUAUAUUCACAAUGGCUAACACGGUACAACACCCUAGCACUACAAGCAUUAUUAGGAAAAAGGCAGAUACUAUGCCAAGCCCUUGCUGAAAAACAUAAGGGAUUUUAGACUAGCCUGACUAAAGAGUGAGGUUCACUUUUGUUUUGAUGGUUAGUACACCAAGAAAAUUCAGAGAAAUUAAACUUGAAAGAAACCAUAUUGUUCUGAAUGUGGCAAACGAUUCAAUACCAGCCAUGGCCUUCUUUACCACAGCAGAGUUCACAAAGGGAGAGAAUCUAUAUUGUUGUUCUGAAUGUGGCAAAAAAUUCACUGCCAGCAACAGCUUUCAUUACCACAGAAAAGCUCACGCUGGAGUAGAAGCACUAGCACAAGCUGUUGGUCAAGGGUACAUAUGUGGAAAUAAGAAGAACUUUAUGACUUCCUUAAAAGCAUUCGACAAAAUCCAAGCCGUCAACCAACUAGCAAUCAAUGUGUCCUGAUUACAGCUUCGGAAUCCUAGAAUGACCACAAAAUUAUGGCCAUAGGGUGGACAGUGUAAAACAAGAACAUUGCUGCAUGCACAUCAACUAAUGCACUGUUUGUUGUAUAUUCCAAGAAUUUACAUCCUGUUAUCUAAAAUAAGGUAUGGGUCUGAUUGAAACAGGUUUCAUGUGCAGCACAACAGUCUUUGAAUUUCAGGCCUACUUGACGUUCUUCAAAGGUGAAUUCAUAAAGAAGUGUUCAACCAUAAAUUAAAAAAAAAAAAAACACAAUUAUGCAGUUUGGUCAACUAAUCAGAAGUGAAAGGAAAAUGGAAACUCACAUUGUAUCCAGAUAGAAACAGUAAAAACCUGCUAGGCAGGAAAAGCAGGAAUUAAAGUACUGAAGUACAAAAAGUGGGAAAUAUGCUACCCUUCUGCAGCAGCUCCAUGUAGGUUAGGAGUUUACCCACAAGUGCUGCUGGGUAGGCUGUGAUGUUCACUUCACCUCCAGUUUUCUUUGGACAUCACUACGAGUACCUGUGAAUCAUAAAGCCCAUUGUGCAUUUUGAAGCUACUUGUUAGUGCAUGAUAUUAGCUUACAUUACCCCAAAUUUGAAAAGUCAUAUUGUGUUUAUACUGAUUGUGUCAUUUUGUAAAUAUUUCAAUUCUGGAAUCUGUUUUAACAUUUUAGUCACAAGAACAAAGUCUGUUACAGUAAAUGUCUCCAAAGUCUGCUCUGUUUUUAGUUACAAAGGGCCUUUUCACUUCUGGGACAGUUUGUAAUGGCUGAGGUGUUUAGAGAAGCAGACGGGAGGAACAAAACAGAGGAGUUUUGCUUCAUAUUUGAUAGUGUAUUAAACG